AUGGGUCGCGACUGGCGGGCUCCCGGUGAGACGUGGGUGCGCACCCCGCAUACCAAUGGCUGGGAACGUUCCAAGCUGCGACCGAUCCAGUUUAUCGGAUGCACAAGCAUAAGCGAAGCAUUUCAUCGCUUAGAUCUCACCAGAGGUGUCUCUGAUGUGCGACGCUUCGGCUAUAUCGCCAAGGUGGUGGAAAUUCUUGUCCAAGAAAAAGUGCAAAAUUUAUCCGGAAAUGCUCGGAAGUCACUGGUAGGCAUUCUGACAGCCAUAGUGCUUCGAUCGUCCGAAGAAGACGUGCACACGUCAACCGCCCGCGACCUGGUUCAACAGUUUGGCCAAGCACUUGAAGGUCAUGUUUGUGGCUCCCCUCAACUAGCGUCGCGUCAUCAACACACCGCCAAUUCGCUUCUGGACGUUAUCUCCGACAGACAACCGAAGACAGUUCUGUCCGCUGACGAGAAUAGCACAACUUUUCUCGAUUUGCCCAGAGAGAUCCUCUCACUUGUUCUUCGACGCCUACCCGAUGACCGUUCGCUCUUGGAAACUGCUAAAGCUCACGAAGCCCUUCAAAACAUCAUCGAUCGAGAGAGCCAUCUGUGGCAGUCGUUGUGCGAAUUUCACUUCACUCCCAGCCAAAUUGAUCACCGGAAAACGCCAGAGAAAACAUGGCGGAAGACGUUCUUCGAGCUUAAAAAGUACUUUGGGAUUCGUGAGGUAUACGCCGAUCUGAUACAUAUCUGUUGUCAUUGUAAGGCGCUGUUCUGGAAGACGUUUGGCCAUCCUUGCCUUCGGCCAGGGUCUCCGUCAGUGCGAGUCACUCCACAGCAGUUUGUUGACAUGCUAAUUUACCUGUGA